GUGACGAGAGAAAAUAUGCAGCCUUUUUGUUUGGGAUUCGAAAGUGGGGCCGCUUACGGGUUUGGUAGGUUGUAUUUUGCCUUUUGGUGAAGGGUAAAGAGGACAAGGGAUAGGGAACGAGGAGAAAAAGGAGGAGGUGGAAGAUGGUUGGAAGAAACAAAGCAAAUGGCGGCAGCGGCAGUGGCAGAGUAAAACGCAAACAGAUCCAAAGCGAGGAUGGGUGGACGGUUAUCACGCAUGGGCUAUCCAAGGUCUCGCUCAGCGAAAAGAGCCAGGGCGCCACAGCUCUGCCUACGCUGAUUGUCAAGGAUCUAACAGCUGAGAAGUUGCUGGGUGAUUUCAAGACGCUGCGGGAGCGGUGGGAAGAUACGGCGCUUGCGGCUCAGGUUGAUGGUGUUAUCGAGGGAAGAGAGUGGGGGGUUGAAGAAGCAGUGUGCAUAGGCAUUGGCAGUUUUAGUAGAGAUUGGGCGCAUCGAUGGAGGAGUCUGUGGCAGCUUGUGCUAUUUGAUCACGUUGUUGGACGGCUCCAAAAACGCAACAACAAGACCGAGAUUCGUUGCUAUGCUCAAGACCCAGCUUUUACACCUCUCGACACCGAGUUUCUCUCUCUCCUAUCCAUCACUAGUCUGGAAUCUGGUCUCGAAGCGAAAAUCACGACAAAGUCGUUUGUCUAUUCGCCGUUUGUGGAUUGGUUCUUGCUGCUCCCCACGUUUCUGGCUGAUAGGGAUCCCGUGCUGUAUAUCGGCAAUGAAAUUCUGGAUGAUUACAGCAUGUAUGCACAGAGCGAGGAGAAGAAGGAGAGGCUCAGUGAGUGCAAUGAGGUGGGGAAGAAGUGGUUGGCGGCUAGGCAGGUGGUCAAGUUGUGCGAGUUUGAGAAGCAUGGGAAUGCCCUGAAUGGGAUGGUUGUUUAUUUGAGGGAUAUUGGGGAUGACGACAAGGAUGAUGGUGAGGAAGAGAAGCAGAAGUAGAGGAGCAGCUCAAGUGAGAAUAGUAUGUGACCUGGUGGAGUAAAAAGACAAAGGCACAGUUACCAUGCUCCC